AAGCAAGACAAGUGCCAUUUGCAAGUUCCUCAGAGGUCAAAGUGUCAAUAGAAAUUCUCAACUGGCUCUGGAAAGAGAAGAAAACAGUUCAGGAUGACAUCCCAGUGCCAGUUAUUGCUGAGGGAGGAAAAUUUACCCUUAAACCACGAUCAACAGCUCUUUUCUGUGAUGUAAGCAAAACUGGACUAAAAGAACUAAACUGCAGAGAAGAGGAAAUUUAUGUCAUACAUGAGGAAAUCCCAAAAGCAGCGGCUGAAUGGCUGGAAAUUCGUUUUCUCAGUACCCACAUCCUUGAUCCAGAGGAGAUAGGAAUAGAACAGUGUGGACAAUCUGAACCAAUAACAAUGAGGAUAAAAACAUUCUUAAAGAGUAUGAUGAAGACAGUGACAUCUUCAAAGAGCUCAUCCAGAAUGCAGAGGAUGCUGGGGCAGAUGUUUGCAAGUUCUUGGUGGAUUUCAGAGUACACAGAGAUGCCCCUGAAAGCCUGAUUGACCCUGACAUGGCUCUUUGUCAGGGACCUUGUCUUUGGGCUUUUAAUAAUGAGCAGUUUACACCAGAGGAUUGGAAAAAUAUUGUCAGAGUUGGCUCAGCCUCAAAGGAAAACAAAGUGGAAAAAAUUGGAAAGUUUGGACUUGGAUUCAACACUGUGUAUCAUGUGACAGAUGUCCCCUCCAUCCUUAGUGGCAACACUCUCCUCAUACUUGAUCCAAAUGUUACUCAUCUCACAAAACAUAUCAAACACAAAACAAAUCCUGGAAUCAAGCUGGAUCUCUCUCAACAGCGACUCUUUCAUUGUUUUCCUGGUCAGUUUGGAUCAUAUGAAAACAUUUUUGACUGUAAUUUUACCCGAAAAAGUCCUCCUGAACCCUAUCCAGGAACUCUGAUCAAACUACCUUUCCGAAGUGCAGAAGAAGCUGUCAAAUCAGAAAUAAACCCAAAAGUGUAUCAAAAACACAAUAUCCUUGAUUUUCAUCAUCUCUUUUCUAAGAAUUCACAAACCCAUCUGCUUUUUUUGAAGAACAUCAUUACAUUAUCCCUCCAAAAUAUCCCACACAAUGGAUCAACUCCACCAAGAGAUAAUGAAAUAGAGACCAUCUUCUCUGUGUCCAAAACCACUGUGAGUGCAAUGGAGAUUCCUGAUGACACCAGUGUGUCCAAGCAACGUCAUGCUGAGAAAUCACUGAUGAAACUUGAUGGUAAAUGCAAAGGACUAAUUGAAUCUUGCACAGUCAGAAUUAUCCAAAUAUCCAGUCAGCAGUUUAAUGAAACUAAACUUCAGUUCUGGCUCCUGUACAACUGCUUUGGGACAGAUGAGUCCUUGAAAAUGGCCCUUCACAAAAACAAGCAGACCAGUUUCUCUUUGCCAAUUGGAGGGAUUGCUGUGCCUUUGCAAAAUGAUCCGGAAACUGGAAAAUUCACCACAUUACAAACAGAUCUUGUUGGACAGGCCUUUUGCUUCCUUCCUCUUCCCAUUCACACAGGUCUUCCUGUCAAUGUAAAUGGCACAUUUGCGGUGACAAGCAACCGAAAAGCUCUGUGGGAAACUGGAGUGAAAAAUGACUGGAACAAAGCUCUCCUUCAGGAUCCAGUAGUGACAGCAUAUGUUACUGUACUCAAGGCACUAAAGAAAAUGUCAGAAACUAAGCAGCUGGUGAGUUACUGUUAUUACAACUUUUGGCCUGAGAGAGAGAAAGUGACUGAAACUUUCAAGCCUUUAGUGGAUGCAUUUUACUCAACCAUUGUUGAUGACUCUGUUGGUCCAGAGCUCUUUAGUGAUGGAGAACAAUGGUUCUCAAUGAACAAUGCCAUAUUUCUACAUGAGAGCAUUGAAAAUGAUGAAAAGAUUGGUGACCUUGCAGUGCAAGUUUGCCAGAAAUAUGCAAAAGGACCCAAUCAUGUUGUUCCUCUUCCACUGUGGCUGAGAAAUACUUUCAAACAGGCUGGCCUAGAAAAGGUUUUACAAAACAGGACCUGGAACUGGGAGAAGUUCUACAGAGAAGCAGUGUUCAGUAACCUAACUACAAUGGACUCGAAGAGUAGAGAUACCCUUGUGCUGCAUGCUAUUGACCUUCAUAUCAAAGAAAUUGACAAUCUGCUGCUCUGCCAUCCAUGCAUACCCACAAAGGGUGGACAGCUCCAACAUGUCAGGAAACUUGUAAAUCCAUCAGGGAAAGUGGCCUGUCUUUUUGAACUCAAAGAGGGACGCUUGCUUGAUGGAUCCGAAAAUGACUUCAGAUCUCCAAAAAGGAUUCAGCGUUUGUUGGAACUCGGUAUGGCAAAUGAUCAUCUCCCAUUGGAAGACAUCACAGAGAAAGCAGGCACAAUUAAUAAAACCUGGAGCAUUGACAAAAAUAAAGCAUUUGUCCACUUGAAGUGCCUUUUUGAACUGAUGAAGAAUCACAUUUAUGAUAAAGACUCUCACCACUGGAAAACACUCAGGACAACUGCAUUUCUUCCAGCAUAUUCACCUGGUGAUGCAAAAAUGGAAGGAAAUGUAACACUUAAAAGGCCCACUGAUGUUUUUAGUGACAAAUGCUCCCUUCUCGUUAACAUGACACAACCAGUGCUGGAUAAUAGUAAUUUGAAAAUACACCACAGUGAUCCAGUCCUACAGAUCUUGGGCGUGAACAGCACUCCGAAGCCAGAGGUGGUGCGCCAGCAGCUGCAUGAAGGAAGCAAACAAGCACACUCCAUUGACAGAGCCAUGCUUUACAAAAUAGCAUUUGAGUGCUAUAAGUGUCUGGACAAGUGGAUCUGUGACUCUGGAAAUGCCACUUACAUUUCACAACAAGCGAGUUCAUUUCCAUUCAUCCUCAUUGGCGAUACAUUUGUGAAUGUUUAUCGUGUAGCUGAGAACGGGCAAUUUGAAGCAAAGCCCUAUCUCCACGUACUUCCAGCUGCCUUCACAAGCUUCAGGAACCUCUGGAAAUGUAUAGGUGUUGAAAAACAAUUCACGAUCACUCAGUUUCUAACUGUGUUGCAGGAAUUAAAAGCUCAACAUGGAAACAAACCCCUACCAAAGAGUGAUCUCUCAGUUGUCUUCACAAUUUUAAACAAAGGGAUUUUUGAGGCCGAAGUCAAAAUCAUGCAUGACUGUCUGAUACCCAAUGAGCGUGGAGUUUUGCAGUUUGCUAGUGAGCUAUUUUACAAUGACAGCCCGUGGAAGCCACUCACUGCAGGUGUCACAUUAUGUCACGAGAACAUCCCACGUGUUAUGGCUCGCCACCUUGGAAUCAAAACAACAAGGCAUCAUUCUCUGGAAACCCACAUAGUUGAUGACCCUUCACCAUUAGCUUUUGAGUUUGAACAGAGGGAAGAACUCACUGUUCGUAUUAAAAACAUAAUUUCAGCCUAUCCAUCAAAGAAGGAUAUCCUUAAAGAGCUCAUCCAAAAUGCUGAUGAUGCAGAAGCAACAGAAAUUCACUUCAUCUGGGACAAAAGACAACAUGGGAAAGUAAAAACAUUUGGGAAGAAAUGGAACAAUCUCCAGGGUCCAGCACUUUGUGUGUUCAACAACAAAGUGUUUUCAGAUGCUGACAUUAAGGGAAUUCAACAGCUGGGAGAGGGAGGAAAGCACAACACCCCAGGGAAGAUAGGGAAGUACGGAGUUGGAUUCAAGUCUGUUUACCAUCUGACUGACUGUCCUUCGAUCCUUACAGGAGAUGAAAUCCUGAAGGACUAA